CGAAAAAGUGCGCAGUCUGCCACUGCGCAUUUCGUUACAAAACAAAAACCAAAUGUGUACAAACCUGCACGAGCAGUUUUGCAACACGAACGUGGCCGGUCUGCUUCGGUCCAAGGCUGUCAAGCUAAUUAUAGGAAAAUAUGGAUGGGACAACGCGCAUACGGCUGAGUCAUAUUCAGGGUGUCCCAUUUCCAGAGAUGGUGGUGAAGUAUUGGGCAAGAGUGGAGAAGUUCCAGGCGUCAAAAGAGGAUUUGCUCAUUGCCACGUAUCCUAAAGCAGGAACUACGUGGACACAGGAAGUAGUGGAUAGCAUCCUGAAUGAAGGAGAUGUUGAAAAGUGCAAGAGAGCGCCCACUCAGGUGCGCAUGCCGUUCUUAGAGAUGACUUCUAAAGAUGGUUUAACUUCCGGUAUAACUAGGCUGGAGGUUAUGGAUCCCCCUCGUGUUAUCAAAACUCAUCUUCCCAUCCAGCUUGUGCCUCGUUCUUUCUGGGAUGCUGGUUGCAAGGCUAUAUAUAUGGCCCGUAAUCCGAAAGACACUGUGGUUUCGUAUUAUCAUUUUGACCGCAUGCAUCUUCACCAGCCAGAGCCUGGCCCUUGGCCACACUAUUUGGAGAAGUUCAUGACAGGGCAAUUGGGCUGGGGAUCCUGGUAUGACCAUGUUAAAGGAUACUGGAAGGAAAGGCAUAACAAGAAAAUCCUUUACAUAUUCUAUGAAGACAUGCAAGAGGACCCUGUUUGCGAAGUAACCCGCAUUGCUGAAUUCCUCGGACGGCAGUUAUCAAAAAGUACAAUAGAGAAUAUUGUGCAAAUGACAACGUUUUCUGCUAUGCGAGAAAACCCCAUGGCAAACUACUCAUCUAUCCCAGAUUCAGUCUUUGAUCGCACAGUCUCAGAUUUCAUGAGAAAAGGUCAGGUUGGUGACUGGAAGAAUCAGUUCAGUGCAGAAGAGGAUGCUGCAUUUGAUGAACAUUAUUGCAAAAUGAUGGCUGAUUGUCCUAUUCCAAUACGGUUCACAAUAUGAAUGACUAAAAUGUGUGAGUGUGUUAGUCCAGAAAACAUGGAAAUGUCAGUUUCCUAAAUUAAUUAUUAUUAUUAAUUAAUAAUGUUGAACAUGUAAUCACAUAUAUGUUUCUGUUUUGCCUCAUAAAAUACAUUGUUGGGCAAACUGUAAUAUUAAUGUACUACUCUGGAUGGGUCGUUGACUGUUCAAAGCUCUUGAAUGUGUAAAGUUCAAUUCCCCUCAUAAAAUCUCUAGAAAGUACACAAUAUCUGUUAACGGAAAUGAAAAUAAUCCACAGCAGAGGGCAGAGA